UGAGGUCAAAGGUGAAAGGAAGACAAUAACAAACUGACAUUUGCAGGAGGAAGGCAGGCACUGUUUAGGUACUGGCGCAACCUUAUUUCACCUGGAGAAGAUAGUUAACAGCUGACAGCAUCCGUGUUUAAGCUUUCUGCUUGUGCUGAAGAGAGACGAUGAGGAUCCAACAGUAGCUGUGGGUAGUUGUGUUUGAGUUGCAGCUGAGCCAUGGCCUCUGCACUGAGCUGCUCACUAACAUUACCUGUCAGCUGCAGACUAUGUUUUUAUCGCAGCCUGUGUUCAAGAGGAGUCAGGGCCGUCUCUGUAAAAGAUCACGAGAGAGUGAUAGGCUUUGGUCAGAGGAGUCCAUGUCCAGCUCCAUGUUCAGCAGCUCGUCUCAGACUAAAGUCUCCCUGGUUGAAUGGGAUUCGAGGACUUUUCUCUGGAGGUGGCGGUGCAGAUGUCAAGCAGCAGACCCUGGAGGAUAUUGCUAAAAACAUCCAAGAGCGAAAAUACAAGAGGGUUGUGGUGAUGGCGGGGGCUGGGAUUAGCACCCCUAGUGGCAUCCCAGAUUUCAGAUCCCCAGGCAGCGGUCUCUAUGACAACCUGCAGCAGUACGACCUGCCUUACGCAGAGGCCAUAUUUGAGAUCAACUUUUUCCAUCAUAACCCUAAUCCAUUUUUUGCCCUGGCCAAAGAGCUGUAUCCAGGGAAUUACCAGCCAAAUGUGACCCACUAUUUUGUACGUCUGCUUCACCAGAAGGGUCAGCUUCUCAGGAUGUACACACAGAAUAUCGACGGGCUGGAGAGAUUGGCAGGGAUUCCUCCUGAGAUGCUGGUGGAAGCCCACGGCACAUUUGCCACUGCUACCUGCACUGUUUGCCGAAGGAACUAUAAAGGGGAGGACCUGCGUCCAGAUGUGAUGAAGGGGACGGUGCCCAAGUGUCCAACCUGUAAGGGAGUGGUAAAGCCUGAUAUUGUCUUUUUUGGAGAGGAGCUCCCACAGAACUUCUUCAAAUAUAUCACAGACUUCCCGCUGGCAGACCUGCUGAUCAUCAUGGGCACUUCUCUGGAGGUGGAGCCCUUUGCCAGUCUAUCAGGAGCUGUGCGUGGCUCUGUUCCUCGUCUGCUCAUCAACAGGGAUUUGGUGGGACCGUUUGCCUGGGGAGGCUCGAGGCAUAAUGACGUGGUACAGCUGGGGGAUGUGGUCAGCGGAGUGCGAGCCCUGGUUGACGCCCUCGGCUGGACGCAGGAGUUGGACACUCUAAUGGCAGCAAGUGCUGAAAAAAUGAAUGUUCAAGGAAAGUCAGAAGACUGAGACCAUUUCUGCCUCGAGAUCGGACCUUUUUCACAUGACUCAGUACCUACCAACACCACGGCUCCAGGACUAAAUCCACCUGAUCUGUUGUGAGCAUUUCAUGGUGGUUGAUCAGUUUAUGACCUAUAGAAAUAUUAGCGCUAUUUGUGACGUAAGUGGAAACUGCCACUGCUACACAAAACCAAAUGUUGCUAUACAAAAUUGUUAAUUUGUUUGUUUCAUGCUGUUAUUUAAAUGUUUUAAAUGAGAUAUCACUACAACAUAGAUUAUUGAUAGAUUAAUCAAACACAGCUAGCACACAGUGUGCACAAAAAUCAGUUGUUUCAUUUUCUUUGGCUGCUAGACAUUGAGAGAAAUAGCAGGGGAUUUGUUAGUUCCCAAUACUGUAUGCAUGUGGACCUAUAAAGGAAGUUUUGUACAGUGUUAGAUUUUUACUAGUCUCUCUCUUGAAAUGUAUGCAGUGCAAGCAAUGAGGGGUAAAUGAUUUAUAUGAGACAGAGGAUGACAUUAAUGAAAAACCACACAGUUUAUUCUACCACACCACUCUGAAAUGCACUUGUUCAUUUGAAGGUUCUUAAAUGGACAUGGAAAGGUACCCUCAAUUGAACCCUUAUAUCCAUAUUUUGCCAACAGAGGGAGCCAAAGGAUUUCUUUCUGCAUAAUGGAAAUUAAUUGUUUAGCUGUCACCUACCCAGUGGUGGAUUUGAAAGGGAACUGCUGCUAACAAUGUUAGGAUACUCAGGAUGCUGUGUAACUCUGUUCCUCAAGUCCUGGCACUGAUCACCACCAAAUAAAAGAAGUCACUGUCAGAGAGACGGCUAAUCUGUUUUUGACAGGAUCACAGGAGUUUGGAACACCGCAUAUAAACUGAGCCAGAGUCGCUGUCAGAUUUUCUCAAUAAACAAAUGUGAGUGGAAAUCCAAACGUGAGGUGUCUCCUCAAACAGAAAGGUCAAGAAGUGUCACUGAAUUUGAAGCUUAGGUUUAUGCAAAGUCUCUGAAUGUUGUCUUUUCACCAUACACUCAGACUCUCAAGGAGUACAUUACCACAGUCACAACUAGUGGCAUUUUAUGUCAGUCAGCACCCAGAGAGAAGUCUUUAGAAGAGGCAAAAAUGCAUGAAAUGCACAGCCUUCAAUCGGAGAUGAAGAAAGUUUGUUCUGAUUGCUGAUUGCAACAGUUUAAAACUGACCCGCUGCAAUAAAAUACCAUUUUAUAACAGUAUCCUGAUAUCGCCCAGCAGCGUCAGUCCUCUGCUGCACAUGAUGUCAUAAUGGGAUGUCUAUAACGCAAUCAGACAUUGUAAGAAAAACCAAUUAUUUAUGUUCAAUCUGUGAAGUGCAUUGUAUUCAAGGAGUAAUUUAGCAAUGACGUGUUCCCCAUUUUCCUCCUUGUCAGCCUGCCUUAUCUAUGAGAUUGGGAUAUAUUGUUAUCAUUAUCAGAAUUAUGUGGAUUGACUAAUCAUUUCAUUUUUUUAAAGAUUACUUUUUCAGUAUUUCUGCUUUGUGACUGCAGUAUAAGUGCAUUGGAAAUGU